AACAGAUAGCAGCUAAGAUGAGACUUAAAUUGUUCUUUAUUCUGUUGUUGAUUAUUCUAGCAAUGGUUUUAUUAAUGACGAAAGUCAGUGCCAAACGAUGGGCUGAUGGAGUAGAUGGAGUGUGUGCCUAAUCACUUUUUAUAGUGUUAAAUUAUACCAAUAAAGAUGAUGUAGCAAGCUUAGCGAUAGUUGAUUUAAACAAGUAAAUUCAUUAUUUUUGAGAUACCAGCUGAUCUCAAAGCGUAGAGCUCUGAGAUACACUACUCACAAUGCAGGCAGCCGAAACUGAGCCCAAGCGUACCAAGAGUUAUAUUUAUGAGGUAUACCGACUUUUAGAGGAAAAGCCAGGGGUUGAAGAAAUAUUAAUCAUGAAUCGUUCCGGUGUGCCGAUCAAAACGUCAAUGGAACGCCAAGACGCACUUCAACAUGCCUGUCUUUAUGAGAAUUUGCGUGAAAAGUGUCAGGCAUUUCUAUCAAAAAUGGAGCCACCACAGCUCCUGACCAUGUUGCAAGAUAACCGUUUUGACUGUCAGCGUCUGGCGUUUUGUGAGGAUAUGCGCCAUCGAAGUUACUGAGCCAUCACUUGGGAA